AUGCCUCACAAAGUAGAAACGGUUAAAACAACCGUGUUCGAAGGCCAGAAACCAGGCACCAGCGGCCUGCGGAAACCGGUCCCCACGUUCCAAACGCCAAAUUAUACGGAAAACUUUAUUCAAUGCUCGAUCGACGCCGGUUUGGGAGGAAAAAAGAAGGGUGCUACGUUGGUGGUUGGCGGUGACGGUCGUUAUUUGUGCGAUCACGUCGUUCAGUUGAUCAUUCAGAUAGCAGCGGCCAAUGGGGUGCAUAAGCUGAUCGUUGGACAGAAUGGUUUUUUUAGCACCCCGGCGGUGUCGUGUAUUAUUCGGAAGUACAAAACCGACGGCGGAAUAAUACUGACGGCUAGCCACAACCCUGGCGGUCCAAACGGCGACUUCGGCAUCAAGUUUAACAUCGCCAACGGUGGUCCGGCUCCGGAAAUGAUUACCGAGAAGAUAUUCGAGCUGACAAAGGAAAUUAAGAAGUACCACAUCUGCCCGGAGUUGAAAGUCGAUCUAUCGUCACUCGGGGAGCAGGAGUUCGACAUUGAAGGCGUCGGGAAGUUCGUCAUUGACGUCAUCGAUUCGGUGAAGGACUACUGCGAGUUGAUGGAGCAGAUUUUCGAUUUCGAAUCCAUCCGAAAUCUGAUUUCUGGCCAAACAACCGGAACCUCGUUCCGCGUCCUGAUCGAUUCCAUGCAUGGAGCGACUGGCCCAUAUGUCAUGCGUAUCAUCGGGGAGAAGCUGGGUGCCAGAACUGAAGACCUGCUGCAUUGCAAUCCGCUAGCAGAUUUUGGUGGCUUCCAUCCGGAUCCGAAUCUUACCUACGCCGCUUCGUUGGUCGAUCUGAUGCGUAAAGGGUCCCACGACCUCGGCGCCGCCUUUGAUGGCGAUGGGGAUCGCAAUAUGAUUUUGGGCAAAAACGGCUUUUUCGUGACGCCGUCCGACUCGUUGGCUGUGCUUGCGAAUAAUCUGGAGUGCAUUCCGUACUUCCAGCAUAGCGGAAUCAAGGGUUUCGCUCGAAGCAUGCCCACCGCCGGAGCUGUAGACAGGUUCACAGUUUGCGAACGUCGAUUUUUGGAAAAGGACGGUAUUUGGGCUUGUUUGGCAUGGCUUUCCGUUUUGGCUCACUUGAAGAAGUCCGUUGAAGAGAUCGUGCGCGACCACUGGAAGAUCUACGGGCGGAAUGUUUUUACCAGGUACACUUUCAAUCAUUGUCACGUUGUGCAUAGAUUUGUUUUUGAAGGUUUUCAGCAUAAUGAUGACAAUGGUGAUUACGAUCAUAAGAAUGAUCCAGAAAAGGAGUGUUUUGUUCGUGUAUGUCUAGUCAUUUGAAC